GACGUUUCCCAUUACCUGUCUCGAUUGGUAGCUGCAAGAUGCUGUCACCUUCAGGCAGCAUGCAGGACGGAAAUGUUUAUUAAUACACCUGCCACCCAACUUAUUAUUCGUUUAUUUAUUUAUUUAUUUAUUUAUUUAUUUAUUUUUAGUGGUCAAGCAUUUACGCCAGGACAACAGCGAACGUGUCACACAAAAGGUAACUUCUUUGCUUUUUUCUCUCUCGUUCAUUUUGUCAAAUGACGGCGAUUUUUUCUGGAGUUGAAUUCUAAUAAAAAAAAGGCUGUAUCUAAGUUCAGAAAAGAAAAAUUAAAUCAUUUCCACGUGUUCACGUCCUUCAUAAAACGUUAAAGUAGGACGCUUCGUGACGUAGUCGACCAACAACGGCAUGGAAAUGUACAAAAAAGGGCGAUCGCACCUGCAGUUGUUGCUUUAACAACCAGGAACAACUUACAUGGCUCCCGCCCGGGGGGGGGGGGGGGGAUGGGGUUAAUUUUUGCUAAGUAGGUGCCGCUGGCCUCUCAGAGCCCCUACCCCAUUACAGUCCAUUCUGUGGCCAAUUAUACACCCCAUCUUAGUCAAUAUUGGGCAAAUAUGUAGUUUUCACGAUCCCAACUUUAAAUAGGUCAUUCCAAAAUGAAUUGACCCAUUUUUCACUGAAUGAAGAACACUUUACUUUUCACCUACCGUUCAAACAUCCUGGUACGUUUGCUAACCUUAAAAAAAUCAAGACCUUUUUUACCCCAAAAAUCAGAAAAUGUGCCACCCAUUCUAGUAAUUCUAGUUGAGAACGCGACCCCAUUAUAGUCAAUCCAGUCGUGAAAACACGACCCCAUCCAACGGCACAUCCCAAUUAGCCACUGAAAAGGAAGCGCCCCCGGGGCUUGGCACCCCUUUUGUUUGGCUGCGGGCCCUGUCUCCUGUAAACUUAAGAAAUGAAAUUAUACUCUAAGCUACUGCAUAAAGCCAGCCUGCACUUUCAUAAAUAAGCGAUCGAAUUACAAGUACGUCGAUCUUCUAUCGAAGAAUAAACUUCUCUUUUCAGCUUGAAGGAAUCACGAUUUCCCGUUUACAACUAAGCAGGAAACUGAUUUUGGGUCGAUUAUUUGCCCGACUUUACGGGCAACACUUUAACCUUUAAGCCAUAAGAGUGAUCACGAGAAUAACGGACAUGAUCACACAAGAAGAAUUUGCUUGAUAUUUUAUCAACUUCUCUCCACUACUUCUAUAGUAAAUGAAUAAAGGGGACAAAUGAGAAUUUUAAUUUUGAUCUUAGGGUUUAAAGGGUUAAACAGAAGAGGCAGGUGAUAUGCGGAGGGCUUUUUCUGGCCGUUAAUUGUUGAGACUGCCGAUCUGUACGUGAUUGGUAUUGAUUAACAUACAAAAAUUAAUUGAAAAAUAUAUACUUCUGUCGAUGCACCUACAGCGAGUAAAUAGGGGUGAAUCUGAUCUUUAAUUAAACAAGUGAGUAACCACAGAUUAAUUUUGCAGUGCAAAAAGAAAAACAUGCAUAUCCAAAAGCGCAGAAAUAAGCUUUAUUCGCUGCUAAUGAUAAUGCAAUCAAGACCUUUUGUCCCAUAAAGCCAACACUUGUAUCAGUUAUUUUCAAACCGAUAUCGUUCAUUAAUCCUACGGGCUGUUGUGGCCUUGAAUAGUGAAGUUAAGCAGCGUGUGGGUUUUGCACAAAUUUAACCAAUAACCAAGCUUGUUUUUAAUGGAAACAGAUACAGUCCUCCUCAAUUGUUGUCUUAAUGUAUCCUUUUAAGUGAUGUUGUCAACGUGAUUGGCAUACAAAUCAACGAAGUAUCGUGUCUGGUUUUCUUCGAGCACAACUUAAAUUUAAUAUUCUCAGUCGGCUAUACUUUCCUCGCUGGUUCCUAGGAAAAAAUUGUCUUGGUGUCAGCUUAUGGACUUUUAGAGAUGAUGAAAGCAGGCGGUAUAAGAUAUCUUUAACUGGAAUUUAGUGGUCUUGACAAUUAAGUACAAGGUUAGGUUAUUAAGUUUGUGAUUCAUCUUUACAUUACUGAAGGCCAUCAUUGCAAGAAUACUUAUUUUAGCAAAGACUUACUGUCAUUUCGAGUUUCAUCCUCAACGAGUAUCUACUUAUUUAGCCAUAAAUUUGAAACUUUUUAUUUGACAUGGCUUCACUCAAACGCCAAAAAAUAUAAAUUAGUAAUUGAAAACAGUUUUAAACAAGAAUUAAAUUCAAUCAGUGCUUAUUCACAUUGAUAAAACACCUUUUUUACCUUCGGAACUUAGUUACAGUGAUCUUGUUACCUCUGCGUCCUGCGUCCCUGAUGGAUAAGAAUACCCCAAAAACGCACAAAAUUUCAUGCCAAUUUGCGCCCCGUUAAAAGAUCGAUCGAUCAAUCGAUCUGAAGAUGUUUUUUGUAGUAAGAAUAUAUUGUUCGCGUGAUUUCUGUGGCUGUUGUUUAACGACGCAAAUUUCUUUAGUCUUCGUGGUGCUUUACAAAAGAAUGUCUUUUAUCUGUUAAAUAAAGACCUAAGCAUUUUCAAUUUAGAAAUUUUUGAUUUUUGAACUGAGACUGAAUGGUUCUGGAGUGGACUUAUAAUUUGUUCACAAGAUGAGUCCCAGGACUCACCAUAACUAUUUCUAACAAAAUCACUGAAAUUAUAAAGUAAGCUACGGUUGAUGACAGCUACGAAAAUAAUCAGAAAAGAAUCUGGAUGAAGUAAAAUUCCAUUGUAAUAACUAACAUUAAAGGACUGAUAAGUUCCCAAAUUAACAUGUUUUGUAGGCUGUCUUUAGAUACGGCACUCUAGAAAUCUCAAUUUAAUUUGAGAAAUGCUUUUAUGGAAAUCAAGAAAAGCCAAACUAAGAUACUAUAGAUUCUCUGGAGAAUUUAAUUAAAUAUGUUUUUGUACAGCGUUAUUUCCCUUUUGUUUUACCUAGAGCGGGUAAAUAACUCGUAA